UGUCGAUGUAAACGACAUUAAAUUCCAUUGAGGAGUUUUAGAGGUGUGAUUGUACCAUAGACUGUAGGGAUUGUACCUUACAGAGUUCAGAAUUCAGCAAUGAUUUUGAGACUGUCCAGAAAGGCAUGUGUCCUUUCAGGAUCAGUUCGCCAAAAAAGCACUUUGGCAACCUUCUUCGAUGAGAUGGGAAAAUGUCUCAUAAUAAAAUCAGCGUCAACUGGGGUAUUUGAGAACCUAGCUUUAGAAGACUGGAUACAUGACCACGUCGAUCUGCAAAACAGGAGUAUUCUCUUAUUUUGGAGAAAUUCACCUGCAGUGGUCAUAGGCAGGCAUCAAAAUCCCUGGCAGGAAUGUAACCUUCCUUUGAUGAGACGUUUGGGGAUCCCACUGGCGAGACGUCGCAGUGGAGGUGGGACAGUUUUCCAUGAUUUAGGAAACAUUAACAUGACCUUCUUUACCUCUAAGAAGAAAUACGACCGUCACAGGAAUCUCACUGUUGUCACCGAUGCAUUGAAGCAAUUAAGACCCAAUCUAGAUGUCAAUGCAACAAAUAGAUUUGAUAUUUUGUUGAAUGGACAUUACAAGAUUUCAGGCACUGCUGCAAAAUUAGGAAGAACCGCUGCGUAUCAUCACUGUACAUUGCUUUGUUCAGUGGAUCGUCCAAUAUUGUCGUCGGUUCUGAAAAGUAAUAACUCUCAAGUAAUUAAAAGCAAUGCGACCCCUAGUGUUCCUUCUCCUGUCAAGAACCUCCUGGAUGUGGACCCCAGUCUCGAGAUCAACUCUAUAAUGGAGACUGUUGCUUCCCAAUACAAUAAAGAAUUUGGGUUUGACAGUCCAGUCAUCACAGUUGACCCCACUCAUGAGUCUCUCAUGCCUGGUAUUCAUAAGAUGGCACAGGAUCUUUUGACAUGGGAAUGGGUUUAUGGCAAAACUCCAAAAUUUAGUGUGUGUACAUCUUUAGUGGUGGAUGAUGUGAAUAUUCAGCUUGACAUGAACAUUAAGAAUGGUGUAAUAGACAGUUGUGCCAUUGGGAUCCCUGAAGGCUGGCUUCCUCUGGAGAUAGUGAAUGAAUUUACAUCCACACUGAUAACCAACAGAUACUGUCCACAUGAAACCACAGUGUUGGUGGCUGCUUUCAUGAGAACUCAUUCACUGACAGCAGAUGUUGCUAAGAACAUUCAUAGACUGUGUGAAGGUGUGAUUUCUGUAAUGUGAAUAAAACUUUUAAAGGUU